UGAAUGCUACACGGAGGAUUUUAAGUAACGCACAAGAUGGACGUCAAAUGUAGAAAAAUCCAACAUCGCGCAAGACAUUUUUUUAAACUACGUUGAUUUUAAUUUUUUUGAAAUAACAGAAGUUGUACACCUUGUUGCAUCGGUUGUUUUCCUAUAACUUAACGAUAAGUAACGGUACUGACAAGAGGAGGCGGCUAAUCCCGAGACUUCUUAUAACACUAUGGCACUGUCAACAAAUGAAAGUCUCCCUGGUGAUAUUAAAACAUCACCUCCUGAAGAAAACGUGGCGUUAAAAGACGACAUAUGUCCAUGUGUCCCCGGGCGGACCAAAACCUCCACCGGCAGAGUUUUAACCGCGGAGGAGGCGGACAGACUCGGCGGUGAGCGGGCUCUUGUGUCCGACUUCAAACUGAUGAAGUUGGAGAAAGAGGCGCAGAAAAACUGGGACUUGUUUUACAAAAGAAACACGACGAACUUCUUCAAGGACAGACACUGGACCACCAGAGAAUUUGAAGAGCUCAAGGCUUGCAGAGAGUUUGAGUCCCAGAGGCUGGUGCUGCUGGAGGCUGGCUGCGGUGUAGGAAACUGCAUCUUCCCUCUGCUGGAGGAUGACCUCAACAUUUUUGUUUAUGCCUGUGACUUCUCACCACGAGCUGUUGAAUUUGUCAAACAAAAUCCUCUGUACUGCCCCGAGCGCUGCUGUGCCUUCCAGUGUGACUUAACUAAAGAUGAUAUGAGGGAAAAUGUGCCCGAGGGCAGCGUGGACGUCGUCACUCUCAUCUUCGUCCUGUCGGCCAUCCACCCUGACAAGAUGAAGCUGGCUUUGCAGAACAUUAGCAGGGUGCUGAAGCCCGGUGGCAUCGUCCUGUUCAGGGACUACGGCCUGCACGACCACGCCAUGCUCCGAUUUAAAGCCGGCAGCAAGCUGGGCGAGAACUUCUACGUCCGCCAAGACGGAACCAGGUCCUACUUCUUCUCUAAAGAGUUCCUUGCCGAGCUGUUUGCGGACACGGGCCUCCAACCUGUUUCUAACGACUACGUCCUGAGAGAGACGGUCAACAAAAAGGAAGGGCUUUGUGUUCCCAGAGUGUUCCUGCAGAGCAAGUUUACCAAGCCCAGCCAAUCGCAGAGCUCCUGAUGUCACUUGGUCUAUAUCUAUUACCUCAUAAAUCAUGUGGAACACUGACAUGUCCAGUUGAAAUUGGAUAGCAAAAGAAAAAUGUAUAUUCCUUGGGGGAAUCGGUAGCCCUAACGUCACCUGGUUCCCUACACGUUGCUGUUUUUGAAUCCUUAAGACCAUGAGGGAGAUGCUGGUGGUUAAGAGACAUUAAUACUGCCUGGUCGCACUAAUCGACUGAUGCAUUUUGGCUCCUUCGCCAACAGAUAAAGACAGUGUUGCACUGGGACUCUUACAGGUGGAAAUAUGGGGAACUAUGUGGAACAUGGAAACGCAAAAUGCUACGAGGAGCAUGACUAUUCUGCAAGGACCAAAGCUGGAUAAAUAGGGAAUCUCAGUGAAUGGUAUUUGCGGUUUCACAUCAGUUUAAUUUACAAUUCAUGGCCUUCAACUAACUUUGAUCAGCCUUUAGCAUAACCAGGAGAAGUUCUCUGUAAGCCUUCAAAUGUUGUUCUACUCUGAACAAACCGGUAUUUCGAUUGCCUCCAGUAUAAUUUUCUCCACCCCAUAUCCCUCCCCACCCCCGAUGUUAAGUUAAUGGAAUAACUUUGAAUGAGGUGAGUCCUUUUUCAUUUUGUUUGAUUUCAUUUUAAAACUUUUGAAAAAGUGUUCAACUGCAUUGUGUCAUGCCACACUUUGUCUAAAAUAUGCUCAUAGUGUUACAUCGUGACUAUGGUCCAUUAAAGAAAAAAAAGAAAAGUCAGCUGUAAACCACAGAGGCAGAUAAUAGUCAUACAUAUAUAUCAAUAUUGUGACUUUUUCUAAAUAAAUGUAUUAAAACUUUA